CAAUCUUAUCUAUCAACUGACCAGUUCUAAAGUACUGUAUGCCGUUGGGAAUUCAUUCAAGCGACACAGAGUAUACCACUUUCUUCACCAUCAUCGUCUCCAUUACAGAAGCCAGAUUAUGUAUCCCAGGCUAAUUUGGUUAAAAUGUGCAACUCUGCUGUUGUUAGUUUUCUGCUGGAAGGCUUUAUCACACAAUGUCGUCGAGACUCUGCCAGGAUUUCCUGGCAAACUUCCAUUCAGACUUGAAACUGGUUACAUUGGUGUAGGAGAAUCGGAAGAAGUGCAGCUAUUUUAUUAUUUCAUCGAGUCUGAAAGGAACCCAAAAGAUGAUCCCUUACUGAUUUGGCUCACUGGAGGCCCGGGUUGUUCUGGUCUCUCAGCUCUUAUAUAUGAGAUGGGCCCCUUCACUAUUGACUAUGCCAACUCCAGUGGGAGUCUACCAGCACUGGUAUACAACCCAUACUCAUGGACGAAGGUGGCAAAUAUUAUAUACAUAGAUCAGCCGGCUGGCAGUGGAUAUUCAUAUGCUAAAACUUGGGAAGCAUACAACACUAAUGAUACGCUGUCAGCAGCACAUACUUAUGAGUUCCUUAGAAAGUGGCUUAUAUAUCAUCCCAAAUACCUUGAAAGUCCACUUUAUAUUGGUGGUGAAUCUUAUUGUGGCCUCGUUGUUCCACUUGUUGUUAACAAUAUAUACAAUGCUAUUGAAGCUGGAAGUCAACCACCCUUGAAUAUGAAGGGAUAUGUGCAAGGAAAUCCAGCGACAAACAAGUAUUGGGAUACCAAUGAAAAAAUCCCUUAUGCUCACCGAAUGGGACUCCUAUCUGAUAGCCUUUUCAAGUUGGUGAAAGAAAGCUGCAAAGGAAAUUACGUUCAUGCAGAUCCAAACAAUGUUCCAUGUCAGAAAAAUCUUGAAAGGGUAGCAGAGUGUCUCGAUAAAAUACCUACUCAUAACAUAUUAGAACCAUGGUGUUCAUUGAUGUCAAAUAAACGGGAUUUGCUUUCAUGGGAUUCAAGUUUUGAAGAGGAAACCAAAGAUCUCUUACUAUCAAUGAAUCCUUCUAAAAGAUCAUGGUGUCGACCUGAUAAUUACUUGUACUCGUACAUAUGGGCUAACGAUAUAUCUGUACAAAAAGCUCUUCAUGUUUCUGAGGGAACAAUAAAGGAGUGGCUGAGAUGUAAUAUGAGCAUGCAUUAUCGUCCAGGGAAGCAGCAUGGAUCUUACAUGUUUGAUGUCCAAAGUACUGUGGAAUACCACCGGAAUUUCACCCAUAAGCACUGUCGAGCUUUAAUUUUCAGUGGAGAUCACGACAUGGUCGUUCCUCACACAAGCACUGAAGGAUGGAUAGAUUCGCUUAACUUAACUGUUCAAAGUGAUUGGAAACCAUGGUUUGUAGAAGGUCAAGUUGCAGGGUAUACGGAGCAGUAUUCCCAUAAUGACUACCAGUUGACUUAUGCAACUGUGAAGGGGGCUGGUCAUACGGCGCCUGAAUACAAACCCGUGCAAUGCUUUGCCAUGAUUGAAAGGUGGUUUUCUGAGCUCCCCCUUUAAUUCACCGCAGCACAAACUAGUAUUGAAGUUGAAUCUUGUAUUGCGAAGGAGAAAGUCAAUGACAGAGGCUACAAGCAAGGAGUUUGGAAGAUCGCGACCAUUUGAGUGUGUUUUAUUAUGUUGUGCUUCUUUGUAUUUUGUCUGUCUAAAAGUCACUAUGUAUUGUGAAUUCGCAUUUCCGGAAAAUAGUGCAUUCAUGUUGUAAUUUGCUAUUGUGAUUGAAUAAAGAACAUUUUUUUCUGCUUCA